AGUUUGCUGUACCGGUUACAAAGAAAAGGGUCGCGUGCAGCACAUUUGACUGCAUGUCCACCAUGUUCAGCAGAGAAAAUAGCAGCCGAGUCAGUCUUCGCAACAAGACCCUGGAGACGCACAUCGAUCGCCAGAGUGUUCGGGAGUCUUACAAUGAUGUCCGUUCCGAUUUCUCCGAAACGAAUUGGGCUGUUUUCCAAUUUGAAGGCAACCAAAUCUGCAGCAAGGCGGUAGGAAGCGAUUUCGCCGACUUCCGAACUCAAUUCGUCGAUGAUGAACGGGCUUUUGGAUUUGUUCGUAUUCAGAGUGGUGAUGAGAUGAGCAAGCGAACCAAAUUUCUGUUUGUAACUUGGUUGGGGCCCAACGUCAGUACCAUGAAGCGCGCCCGUCUCAGCAGCGACAAGGCCCUCGUCAAAGAAAUUAUAAUGAAUUUUGCUGUCGAGCUGCAGAUUGAGUCGCCUGAUGAGCUCAACUACGAGUUCUUCCGUGAAGCCGUCCACAAAGCGGGCGGAGCCAACUAUGGAACCGGUGUCCGGGAGCUGUGAUUUGAUUUGCUUUCAUCAUCACGGUUUUGUUACCUACCGCCUUGAUUAUCACUGCUCAUGAUGGGAAGUAAGGCAGAGGUUAAACGGAAAAAUCUCUAAUUUAAAUUCUUCAUAAACAAUUCGGUUGUAAUUUAGCCGUACUGUUGUGUGUUAGUACGAGGUGAAUGUGAUCAGUGUUGCUGUUCACUUUAGGUUCCGGCUAUGGUCCUUUUAGCUCCCCAUGUAUUACUUACAAAAGAAAACCCAACAAGUUAUAUGAAAUGAGAAGCUCUAAUUGAAUUUGUAAAUUUUAUAGUGGAUUUUUCUAAUUGCCCACUUCCAGAAUGUUUACCUGAUCAGCUGUCUGCUAUUUUUAUGUAUAUUUGUCGCACACAAUCCAUUUGGAAGCCUACGGGUAAAUUUCUUUUUGAGUAUCCUUCCACCUAUUUUGUACUUACCUAAUAUAUUUCAGUAUUGUCGGUACAGAAAAUUAUCGGAUAUACACAUCCUUAUUGAACAUCA